AUGAUGUCAAGGCAGGCCUUUCUCUGCAGUUUGGGAACUCUGUAUUUGUCGCUUCUGUUCAUAUUUCUUCUGAUGGAUGUUUAUGCAAGACCUGCAAAUAAUUCGGCCCUCAAAGAAAAGCCAGCUGACAGUAAAGAUGAGAAUGAGAUCUUGCCCCCGGAUCACUUGAACGGGGUCAAAAUGGAAAUGGAUGGGCAUCUCAACAAAGAGUUUCAUCAAGAGGUUUUUCUAGGAAAAGAGAUGGAAGAAUUUGAGGAAGACUCAGAACCCCGAAAAAAUAGGAAGAAGCUCAUGGUCAUCUUUUCAAAGGUGGAUAUAAAUAACGACAAAAAGAUAGGUGCGAAAGAGAUGCAGCGCUGGAUCAUGGAAAAAACAGACGAACAUUUCCAGGAAGCUGUGGAAGAGAACAAAAUGCACUUCCGGGCUGUGGACCCGGACGGCGACGGCCAUGUGUCCUGGGAUGAGUAUAAAAUAAAAUUUUUGGCAAGCAAGGGCUUUAAUGAAAAAGAGAUUGCAGAGAAGAUUAAAAACAACGAAGAGUUGAAAAUAGAUGAAGAAACACAGGAAGUUUUAGAUAACCUGAAGGAUCGGUGGUACCAAGCUGACAACCCACCUCCUGAUCUGUUGCUGAAUGAAGAGGAGUUUCUGUCCUUUCUUCAUCCGGAGCAUAGUAGGGGAAUGCUGAAGUUCAUGGUGAAAGAAAUCAUCCGAGAUUUGGAUCAAGAUGGAGAUAAGAAACUUACCCUUUCCGAGUUCAUUUCCUUGCCUGUUGGUACCGUAGAGAACCAGCAGGCUCAAGACAUUGAUGAUGACUGGGUAAAAGACAGAAGGAAGGAAUUUGAGGAGGUCAUUGAUGCCAACCGGGAUGGAAUUGUCACAAUGGAAGAGCUGGAGGAAUAUAUGGAUCCUAUGAACGAAUACAACGCCCUAAAUGAAGCAAAGCAGAUGAUAGCAGUAGCAGAUGAAAAUCAAAACCAUCACUUAGAGCUGGAUGAGAUCCUGAAAUACAGCGAAUACUUCACAGGCAGCAAGCUUAUGGACUACGCACGCAACGUCCAUGAGGAGUUCUGA